CCCGCGCUGCCUCGCGCCUCCGGUCUCAUCGACGCGAUCGGACGCGGGCGGCGGCGAGGACCAUGUCGUCGCGGGCGCCGGCAACCGUCGCCCCGCGCGGAGGCGGCGGCACGGACCACCUGCGGGCGAAGGCGGCCGAGCUGGAGCGCGACUUCGCCGGGUACAAGCGCCGGCUCGCCGAGCGGAGGGCGCAGGCCGCCGCCGAGGUCGCGGCCGGCCGCGCCGACGAGGAGGAGCGCUGCGGCCCCGGGGACGCGGCCGGGCGCGGGAGGCGGUACGACGAGUACGUGAGGAGGAGGGACGAGCGGCUGCGCCAGGACUGGCGCGCGCGCAUGGAGCGCAAGGAGGCCGAGGUGCAGGCCCUCUGGGCGCGCCUCGACCGCACCGGCUCGCGCGGCCGGCGCGGCGGCGGCGGCGACGGCGGCGAGCUCGUGGCCGCCAGCCACGCCAGAGGGGUAAACUCCGGGAUGCUUUUCUUCCCGGCGCUCUCGCUUCCUUCCUUGCAGUUGCAGCUGACAUCGAAUUGUUUUCCCAUCAGAACCUACCUUGUUCUUGCAUUUCUCGUGGCAUUUUUUUUCACCAAAUGGUCGAUCUUCCUUUUUUUUUCCUUUUCAUCUUUCUGGUACAGAAAGUUAGAAAUGGUACGCUCUAGACAGAUUUUUGCUCGACAUUAUUUGUUCUUGUACACCUUUUCGAAGAUGCAACCAACAUUUGUCACGUUUCCAAGCUUCGUCUUAAUCCUUGAGCUCUUUACUAGUAAUGGUUUAUUGUUAUGCAGUAAUUAUCGGACUACUAGUAGCUUACAGAAGUAUAUUCACUUCAUUCAGGAUCAGGGUAAUCUGCGGCAGAAGCCCUGGAACCUGGAGGUGAAAGUGAAACCGGCCGCCCCUGUCACGCCAAGAUGCAGCCCGGCCACGAAGCUCUCGCGUCCGCGGACCAGCGUGCCGCCGUCACCGGCGGCGGUGGCAAGCCCGAGGCUGUCCACCCCUGACCCCAGGCGGCGUCCGCCGCACCUGCAGCGGGAGCAGCCGCAGGCGGAGCCACCCGCCACGCCACGGAAGGAGAACAGGCUGCCGCCAACGCCCACCGCGACGGCGGUGGCAUCACCCGGCACGCCGAGGCCGAGGACGAUGCUGUCAAGGAGCAGGAGCAUGUUCAAGGACCGCGGCUGCUCGUCCGUCGACGUCAGGGAGAGCCCCAGGCCUCCGCGGUUCCAGUCCCCUCGGUCGACCUACGACAGUGACGGCAACCUCAGAGAGCCGGCAAUGCCACUCCACGCCGACGCCAUUGCCAUGAUGCGGAGGAGUACUUCCUGUUCCAGUGAGCAGCAGGUCACUGCGCUCACCGAUCUCAAGAAGGCUUCUGCCAUUGCUUCCGAGCAGUUUCAUCCGAGGAGAUCAGGCAAUGGCGUCGAGCCCGCGUCGCCGCCUCCGGUGAUUCGGAAGGACAAACCUGACAGCAGCGAGAUUGCUCCGCCCAAUGAUGGAAAUGCUGGCAACGAAAGCAACCACGAACAUGCGGAUCAAUCUUCAGACAAGUUCGGGAGUGUAGAGAUCACCGGCGACUCCGACACCGAGCCGAGCUACGUGUACAUCAAGAAGGAUAGGGACGAGCAAGCUCCGCGGCCGUGUCAGGCAUCGGCUGGUCUUGGGACAUGUCCAGGGUCCGAACGACCGCGGUCUGACAACAAGGACGGCGACAAUGUCGACGACUCCAUGGAAUCAACCGGCAGCAACGACGUCUCUGGAGAAACCACGGUGACAGACGCAGACGAGGAUUCCCGGAGGGAGAGCUCUGAAUCUCUGUACUCAAACGUUCAGUCUUCGUUCUCCCCAAGAUCAGAGCUCGACGCAUCUGCCACCGAUUCCCCGCUCCCCAGCGCCACCGAGCAAUCGCCGGAGUCCGGCGCUUCACCACGGCCACGGAAGAACCCGGAACUGGAGGAUGCCGAGAAGAGCCUACCGAUCCCGAUCACACCGAGGAGCAGCAUUACCGUUUCCAUCACCGUUCAGUCACCGAUGGACGCCGUGACCGGGCUCAAGCGGUUUCUGACCUUCGGCAAGAAGAACAGCAAGGGAAGUGAGCCCGCCGCCGCCGUUGUCGAGCGCACUCCGCACUCCAUGGCCCCUGCCCCUCCGCAUGGUGAUGGCUGCAUGAGUGGAGAGUGGCCAGCAGGUGACUCUGUCAAGGAUGCUGCUACGGCAGAUGAUCUGGACAGCAGUUAUGUCAUCUCUCCACACGUUCGGUCUUUGCAAAGCUUGGUGUCAUCUUAUCCUGCCAAUCCUGAACUGAAGGAACCGGUUCUGCACGCCAAAUCACCAAGAGUACAUCGAUCGUUUUUCUCAUUUUCAUCGUUCAAGUCCAGAGCAAUUUGAUUCCAGAUUCGGGGAUUUCAUGCUGUGCAUUUCACAUUCCAAAACUUCUUGGAUCACCUGAUACGGCAAUCAGUGAUGUUCAGAAUUUAUUGGUCCUUUAUAUGAAGCCUGAAUAUUGUGCCGUGUCUAAAGUCCUAUAUAUGAAGCCUGAAUACUGUGGCACGUCUAAAUUUACCUGCGUAACAGUCCUUCUAGCAAAACAACAUAAGUACCUUUUUCGGUGCCAAGAGCAUGACGUUUUGAACGUUGUUUCUGUCAGACUUACGUAAUUUGGCCAUCAGUACGGUAAAAUAUUCAUUAAAAAUACGAAAAUCGUAAGCGUAGAUUUAUGUUUUAACGUAGAUUUAUAAUAUCACAACUAUAUUGUGUUUUACAGGUAUGCGUAGAUAGAAUAGUGAGGAGAUUGUGAACACAAUUUUCGUGAAGUCUAGAUGUUUUUUUUAUCACCUUCACACUGUUUGGGAAUUCGGUGGAGAAAAGCAUGGAGUAGUUCAUAGCAUGUGAGUACAAGGAAUUUGGCUUCAUAAGAGCAACUCCAACAGCUUAUGUAUAUCCUAGCCAAAUAUAGAGUAGAAGGACUCUGUAAAAAUAGAAAGCCUCUUUAAAGGUGUGGAGUAAACCAAAAUACUAGCUAUUUUUUACUCUCCAUAUUCAAAAGUGGGUCCACGUCGGUUCCUAUCCUAUUUUUUCCCCGAUCGAUCGCAUUCCCGCAUCAUCUCGUGACCUGGACUCCGCCUGCGCCGGCGCCGCUCGACCUGGACGCCGCCAGCGCCUCGGCACGCCGCCAACUCCUUGCGCGUGGGAGCUUGGCUGCUUCUCUGGACCUGCUGUGUGUCGCUGAACUUGUAUUGGAGUCCAUGAUACAUCUGUUUAAGCAUUCAGAGUUUAUUUUGCACUUUGUAUGAGCUGGGAACUCGUAAAUGUAUUACUAGUGCUCUUGAGCUAUAUGUGUUGAUUAAUUAUGCUGUAUGUGGAUUUGAUUAAUCUAAGCUCCAUGAAGUUCAA